AUGGAUCUAUUAUCGGUCCUCCCAAACUUCGCGACACGAUCGUACGCGCACAUUAUACCUCCGCUCGAGAGAGGCAAGAUCACGACCGUUGACCUCAUCACCCUCGACACCCUCGAGAUCGCGAAACGCGCCCAUGUCCCCCCCCCGCAGAUGUCCGCCGGCUCUCCGCACAAAUCAGAAGAACCAAGCUCGAGCAUUAUACCAGAGGGAGGCAAUCUUGACUUAGGCCCUACGACAAAGCUCGACGCGUCGAGAUGGGACACCAUUACGACUUUGGACCCCGCAUUGGAUGCGCUGCUGGGAGGAGGCAUCCCGACAGGGUAUGUCACUGAGGUGACAGGGGAGAGUGGAAGCGGCAAGACACAAUUCCUAUUCAGCCUCCUACUCGCCACCCAAUUAGCCAAACCAAGGGGCCUGGAUAAACGGGCUAUUUACAUAUCGACAGAACACCCGUUGGCGACCAGCCGUAUAUCCCAGCUGCUUGAAUGCCAGCCAUACCUCUCAAGCCUCCCUCCCGACCAGAGGCCGUCCCUAGAAAACAUCCUGUCAAUCAAUGCCAUGGACUUAGAGACCCAGGACCAUAUUCUCAAUUACCAACUGCCAGUCGCUAUCGCACGAUAUAACGUCGGUCUGGUAGUCAUCGACUCCAUUACGUCCAACUACCGCGCUGAACACAACUCAAACAACAUCAUCGCUCUCUCCGCGCGAUCCACAGAACUCGCAAAACUGGGUUAUAUGCUGCGCAACCUCGCUGCGAAAGAAGGAAUUGCUAUCGUGCUGGCAAAUCAGGUCUCAGAUCGGUUUGAGCCUGAGCCAGUAAAUGGGGGCUUUACACCCCGUCCAGGAUUUCCGUCCAUCUUAAGCCAGAGCCCUGCUAUAUCGGCGCGUGAAACGGGCGCAGCAUCCCCAUUGCCUCGAAAUAGGAUGAAUGCCCCCGACCAGCAAUUUUCGUCUACCCAGAUCCCUUCAUCCUCUCCAAUAUCAUCUUCUCCUUAUCAUGCUCCAGACGACGAACGAUUUGACGGAUCGUAUCUCAUCGAGAAUCCUGCUCGCAACGAUAUCCUUAGUUUGGUACACCAAGAGAAGUUUUUUACUGGCUGGGGCGACGGUUUCUACUCUGACCCAUCACCCAAAACUCCGGCCCUUGGGUUCUUCUGGUCCACGCAAAUUGCAUGCCGAAUUGCAUUGAAAAAAGAAACGCAUUCGGUUGUGACCCCAUGGAAUAGUGCACAGCCUUUGUCAACACCGCAAGAACAGACAGGAUCUCAAUUUCAUAGUGCAGCGAGCAAGCUUCAGGAUUCAAAGCGGAACGGCUCCCUGGAUGAUGAAACUGGCAAAAUAGACACAGGCUCUACACCCAAGACCGCCAAAUAUGGCAAACCAGAAGGCAUUCCCGAAAAAGAAAGCUCUCUGCAUAUGCCCGCGCCGCAACCACCAGAAUACAUCACCCGGCGAACCAUGAAGCUUGUUUUUGCCCCGUGGGCUGCCAGCCGAAAGGAUUCUGUGAAUGGAAAGGGGACAAGAACGCAUUCCAAAAAAUAUUACGAGAUAGACGUUGAAAUAUGGAAAGGUGGGCUGCGAUCUGUGGGCUCCGACGAGUGA